AUGGCCUCGAUACCGCACAUCGUUGGUUAUCUGAUCGGUUUUCUGGUCCUCCGCUUCAUUGCUAGAGCCAUCUACCGCAUAUACUUCCAUCCCCUCCGACACUUUCCUGGACCGAAACUCUACGCUGCGACGCGCAUCCCAUAUAACAUUGCUAUCUGGAAAGGCACACGAGAUAAACUCUUCCAAGACUUACACCAAAAGUAUGGGCAUGUCGUUCGUGUCAACCACGAUGAACUGAGUUUCACGGAUCCAAAUUCUUGGAAAGAUAUCUACGGCCAUGGUUCCAAAGGCACGGCAGGACAUGUUCCUCAAAAAGCCUGGAUGAGGUAUGGCACAACACCCAAUCGGGAACUCAGCCUCAUCAUUGCCCCCGACCCAGACCACAGUCGCCAACGCAAGAUCUUCACGCCCGCAUUCUCCGACCGAGCCUUGAAACAACAAGAGCCCCUCUUCGUCAAGUACGUCGACAAACUUGUAUCUUCCAUGAAGAACACCAUCGAAAAGAAUCCAACCGCGAAGUUCGACAUGGUCAGGAUGUACAACUUCACCACCUUUGAUAUCAUGGGCGACUUGACUUUCGGAGAGCCACUGCAUAUGCUCGACAACGCCGAAUACGACCCCUGGGUUCGUAUCAUCUUUGCCAGUCUCAAGAUGGGAUCUCACUUCACCGUCAUGAUGUCAUAUCCAUGGCUAUGGCGUGCGUUCAAGAGAUACGUACCCGAGUCUGUAAAUCGGAAGCGGAUGGACCACUUCAACCACUCUGUAACGCGCGUGACAAAGCGCCUUGAGAAAGGCCGCGAUUCCGAAGGGGUCGAUCUAUGGGAUCUGGUGCUGGGCCAAAAGGAAGGACGAGGCCUGACCCGAGGUGAGAUGGACGCAAAUGCUUCCCUCUUUAUGAUCGCCGGAACGGAAACAACAGCUACACUCGUUUCGGGCCUGACAUACCUUCUCCUGCGCAACCCGGACUGCAUGGUGAAGCUCAACCAUGAGAUCCGUAGCGCUUUCGCUAGCGAUGCCGACAUGACCAUGGAGCAGCUCGCUGCAUUGCCCUACCUAUCGGCUUGCAUCAAGGAAGCGUUCCGUAUCUACCCACCGGUUCCGCUUGGACUCCCUCGCCUCACACCGCAAGACGGCAGUACUGUUGUCGGCCAAUACGUACCACCCGGCACCAUCAUCAUGAUCCCGCAACACGCCAUGUACCUGUCGGACAAGAACUUCAAGAGGCCACUAGAAUUCCUGCCUCAGAGAUGGAUGGGUGAUCCCGAGUUUGAGAGCGAUGAGAGGCAGUGUGUUCAGCCUUUCUCUAUUGGAUCUAGGGAUUGUGUUGGCAAGAAUAAACUUAGUAUGGCAUACCACGAGAUACGCCUCCUUGCUUCCAAGGUCUACUACAACUUCGAUAUUGAACUCUGCCCUGAGAGCAGUGAUUGGAGUAACCAGAAAACAUUCAUUCUUUGGGAGAAGCACCCUUUGAUGUGCAAGUUGAAGGCUGUCAACUAG